AAUCAUCUAGAUAAAAGAGAAUUACUUAAAAUACGGAAUGGGUUGUCCUUCUAUUUGUCAAAUGUAGUGCAUAAAUCCAGUAAUGGAAGUAAAGAAAUCAAACUGUCUGCACUACCAACAAUGAUUGCUGACAAGCAAGCCUGCAAAUUUUGCUCACAGCUCAGAAAUUGUGCCCUUUACAGCAGGUCUGUAGAGCAGCAGAGUGAAUCCUACUACGUGCCCAGUGAAAUGCUCUCUGUAAUUGAGAAUCAGACUGAACAUCUCAAAGACUCCCACUUGCAGUAUUUCAGUCUCUGGUACCUCAUGUGCUGUCUGGAAGUCCAGUCAAAGGAAUCAAAAAAUGGUCGCAAAAAUAUCUGGAUGCUGUCAGCAGCUGAGAGAGAAGACAAUGGGCAAUGUAUCGGGAACCUCAUUCGGACAGGAAGUGUGCAGCCCUUGGCCGAAGGACAGUAUCUUCAUAUUUUCCAUCGUCAGUCCAGUAACAUUCCAGCUACCAAUCUGGUGACAGGGGAUAGAGUUGUUGUAAGUGGAGAAGAUAAAAAAUUCCUUGCACUCUCUACUGGAUUUAUCGGAGAUGUUGAUGAGAAUAAUAUAACCUGCAUUUUGGACAGGAGCCUAGCCAAGAUUCCUCAAGAUACUAUAUUUAGACUUGAUCAUGAGGAAGGAGGUGGUGGUCUGGAUGCCCAUCUAGGAAACUUAUCAAAGCUUAUGGAAAAUUCUCCUGGAAGUGAGAAACUUCGAGAUUUGAUAAUUGACUUUAGAAAGCCUCACUUUGUUCAGUUUCUAAGCUCAGUUCUGCCUCAUGAUGCCAAAGACACU